AUGGAGGCUACCGACGCGGAUUCCUCCUCGCCGAGGGAGGAAUCUCGCCGCGUCUGGCCAUGUUCGUGCAGCUUUCUGGAUGGGCUGUGUAGGCGGUACGGAAUCAGCGGGCGGAAGCUAAAGUCCUACUCGCUGUUUUCGCUCCUGCUCAAGUCGGAGACGCUCUACCUGCUCUACACAUGCUACGUCGGCCUGCUGGCCGCGUCGCACCCGCACGCGGACCCAUCGCAUCCUGUCAAAUGCGGAACGUGGCUUCCGCUCUUUUGGCUCCUGAAGCCGUUGAUCGCGGCAGUCGCCGACUCUGUGGACACUAUAAUGCAGUAUACUUCCGGAUUCUAUGGGUGGGUGCUAUCGUGCGUGGAUUCUAAUGCGCCAAGAGGCGCUCGCAAGCGUGGAUUCCUGGACGCCCUGACGGAGUUCCACCGCCGCAGCAACCUGGUUCUGGUGCUAUCGCAGCUCGGAGUUGUGAUACUGAUGCCGGCGAUCAUGGUUUACGCCUACCUGCACCCCCUUGGAGAGGGUUGCGGCCCCUCGCUGGUUGCCGUGCUCUCCCUCUGCCAGAUUGCGGCGGCCGCAGUCAGCGAGGGCGCGUUCUGCCGCUACGCGCAGUGCAACGACGAGAUGAACGAGGUGCAGUUCUCCUCCCUCCGGCUGCUGUUCAUGACUGGGUACGGCGUGUGGAACAUGCUGAGCAUCGUCAUGCCCUACCCGAGGACCUCGGACUUCUGGGCGUCGUUCCUGGCGCUGGUGAACGUGCUGCCGUGCUUCCUGGUGGGCAACGGUCUGUGCAUUCUGUGGGUGCUGCUUUGCGACCCCGGGGGGUACGAGGAGGCCGUGGACAUGUCGAAGAGGGCGGAGACCAAGUGGUCGCCCAAGGUUACCGUGGCGUUCGUCACCAUGAUGGUCAUGGCGCUCUCCGUUCGCUACCCCUACGACUGCCUGGUACUGCGUCCCGCGGAGUACCCGUCGCUCACUUUGGUCACGCUGCUGGCGCUCAGCGUCGCGGUGAAGGUGCUGGUGAGCUGUCUGCUGUGGCGCUUCGUGGACCUCGAUGGGAUGAUAACUAUCGCAAAAUUCGCUUUCCUCUGGAGCAUGGUGCUGAUGUGCGGCGGCCACCGGAUCAUGCCAGUUCCCACGGGGCAGUCGAGCCUGUGGUACGCCAGCCUGGUGGCCGCACUGGUGACCGCGCUCCAGCAGGUGCUGUUCACCUUCGGCCUCGUGCUAAGCAUCCGCACCGCCCCUCGCGGCCUGGAGGCCACCAUCACGUCGCUGACCGACCUCUGCGUGGACAUUGUUGCCUUCAUGUUCAAGGGCCAGCUGUCGCUGCGCCCCCUGGCUCUGAAGCUGCUGCGACACGAAGCUGCUGUGGACGUUGCCGUAGCCUUCUUCUGCCUCUACAACUUCUUCGUGCUAUUCGGUAAGCCGCAGGUGGCCGCUCUGAAGCGGCGGUUCGAAUUUGAGCCCCUGGAGUCGGCACGCGACGUGCUGCCGCUGCCGCUUCCCGUCACAGGCUUCCCGAGCGCGAACGAAGCCCUCACCAGCCAAUCGCACAUCGACAUCGAGUCGAGCAUUGUCGCAGCCCACGAGGCUAUGAAGGGCGCGGACGUCGACAAGUCGCCCUGGGCGGACGAGAGCGAGUUGUCGGAUGUGUAG